AUGAGGAGCUGCCCAAACCUUGUUUUCUCCCUAGUGAACCAGCUGAGUGAGCUGACAUGGUACAAGACACCAGAACUGGCAGCCAGAGUGACCCAUGGGCUGCGGCUUGUCAUCCAAGACAGGCUUUGGGGUGCUCAAGUUGUCCUCAUCCAUGGACAAGGCCCCACACUCAACCAGACUCAGGCUGAACCCUCGCGGGCGGAGUUUUCAAGCAGCGGACUCUGGAAGGUCGGGUCUCCGCCUCCCUGCCCUCCCCUUAUAGUCGGGCUGCUCUGGUGCCCCGCAGCCAGUGCCGCUGCCGGGAGCUGCUGCACGGCUGGAAGAAAAAUGAUGAAAAUGUUACCUUUUUUCCAAAGUGAUCCCAUUGGAAUACGCAAUGGAACAGCAGGUUGCAAUGAUGUAAAUGGGCAGCUGGAAAACCCUUUGGCCUCAGUGGCUGAGCACAUCCCUAGCUGUACUUCUGGAGACGAGAUCUGGUCCAAGGACCAGGAAAAAAUGAGUGAAAGGCCAGAGGCAGCCUGCAGGACCUCGCGGGCAUCUUCCAUCACCAGCAACGGGAGCUGUGCCUCCGCUGGGGAGAGUCCAGAGAAGGGAAAGAAGGGAAUAAAGGGGAUACUUACAACUGCACUUAAGAAAAUGAGGAAGGCCAGGCCGCCCAGCGUUAAACAAGUGAUGGAUCUCAUUGAAAAGCAGAAGCUCUGUGAUGCUGUCCAGCAUCUGAUUGCCCUGGAGAAGAACGUGUCUGGCAAAAGCGAGGAAGCACUGACCAUCACCCAGCAAGACAUCGAGUCCAUCUGCGAUGUUCUGAAACACAAAGUCUUCAGUGUCUUGAAAAACUCUGUGCUUCUAGUGAGAACAAACCCAGAACUGCUGCAGCAGGCUGUAGAUGCACUGAAAGAACAGGAGAAAGAAGACCACAACUGCACGUCAGAAAAUCUGCCUGAGCAAAACAUGCAAUUUAGACCUAGAAAAUGGAAAGAUCUUUGGAUGGCCACAGUAAAGGAGUCAGUAGAUACUCGAAUGAAGGACACGAGUCAUACUCCUAGAACUGAGAACCUCUCUGCAGUUGGCCAAAAGCUCUUGCACAUGGGGAAGACAAUGAAAGAAGAUUUGAUGGUAGUGGCACAGUACAUUAAACACCUUUAUCCCCCUGAGUUUGAUGUGUUCCGCACGUAUGCAGAGCUCUAUCACCACCAUUUUGCCUCUCUGGCAAAGAAAGCUGCUGAGUCUCAGCUGGAUGACAAGGAUGUCUACCUUCUCCUCUCUUGGGUGCACAACAUUUACCCAAAAGAUAUGAGAAAAGAUCGUGUUUUAGCAGAGGAGCUGGAAAAACUUGAGCUUGGAAGCCUUUUGCCUUUAAAUCUGAGCAAAGAGCUUGAAAAGAAAUACCUUGAGAGUGAAGAGGCUACCAUCAAAAAUGUGCUGAGCAAAUGCUUAGAAAAGGAAAUCCAAAGAUGGAAAGAAGACAAAGAACCAGAGAAACUCAAUGGACAUUUUCAGAGUGAACUACUAGCGAUAAUUGUUAUCCAGAGUAUCUACAACAGCCAGAUGAGAGCCAGGGACAUCAACAUCGUGCUGGGUGAGGAGCUGUCGUGUCGACUGUCGACAGAAUUGGCUGCCUUCCUGAGAAGCUACAAGGAUGCUUUUGAAGACUUCAAGGAGAAAGGCAAGAAGCACAGACACUACAGGCCUGUUCUAAUUGCAAAUAUUAACAACUGCUGCAAUUUUAGAGACUACACAGAGAAGAACAUAGCAGAAAAGGAUGACAACAAAGAGAGGAUACUUAGCACCCUUAGGGACAUUGAGAUCAGCAGUGAGGAUGUCCUGCUUCAGCAGCUCUUUGCCCAGCUGAAGCCAAUUUAUAAGAAAUUUACAGAAAAUAAGUGGGAAUGCAGCAAUGAAAUUAUGAAUGAGAUCAUUAAAACGACCAGCAAUCAUAUUUCAGAGUUACGGACACUGAAGGACCCUUUUUACCAUUCCGUCAUUGAGAAGAUCCACAUCCGUUUGGUGAAAGAUUACAUUGUGAGGCUGCUGAAGAAGAAGGUCAGCAUGAAAAGCCCAGCGCAGCAGCAAAACCUGGCCCAAAGCAUCUCCAAGAAUGCUGCCGACCUGGAAGCCUUCUGUACCAGCAAUGGGUCUAAAGCCACCUGGCUGAAUUCAGUACUCCCCAAACUGGCUGAAAUAAUCCGGCUUCAAGAUACAGGCGCUAUUAAAAUUGAAGUUGCGACACUCGCCACGGCAUACCCAGAUAUCCGCAAAAGACACUUGGAAGCAUUCCUGCACAUCAAAGCUAAUUUAUCACGCGGAGAGCUCAAAAGCAUCCUGGGCUACCUGGCAGAUGGCACAGCAUCCACACCGCCCAGCACCCUGCUUUUCUCCAGCAUUAACGUAUCCUAGGCCAAUGCACCCUGUGUGGCUGAAGCCAGGACUGUCCCCUGCAGCAGUGCACAGCACUUCCACCUUUUCCUACAGAAAAUACUCUGUCCCAGUCUGGUGCUCAGUGUCCCUGUGGGAAGCACCAUUCACCAUGCAUGGCCCUGAGAAAGGGAUGCCCAUGGAAGGACUGUGCCUGCAAAAGGACCAGGGAUGCUCCUUGCACCAGACACGGCUCCCUCCAUGGUCUCCUUGAUGUCAUCACGUCACUGCCCUGGUGCUCUGAGCUUUGUCUACCUCACCGGGUGCUGUGAAGCCAUGUUACUGAUUUUCCAGACCAAGCAGACACCUCCUACGAAGCUUUUUGUCUGCUAAGAAAAGAGAAGAAAAGAAAAAUUGAAGCCAGAAAGCAGAGAUUUUUGGAAAAGUCUCAUGAGAGCAUGCUUGCUCUCCAGCUGUAGCCCUCUGAGCCACUCAGAGACAGCUGCAUUAGACUGAUGGGAGAUUUGGGGUCAGGAUAAGACAUGCUUUUGCAUUCUGGAACUCCUGUUGUGGAGUCUCCCUUUUGGAGAUAGUCAGAAAUCAUCUGGACAUUGUCCUGGACCACCUUCUGUACGUGUUCCUGCUUGAGCAGAAGAUUGGAUCAAAUGAAGCCAGAGGUCCCUUCCAACCUCAACCAUCUUGUGACUGAUUCCUGCCUCCCACCAUGCUGUGACACCCCCAGUGGUUUGGGGUGGCCCCAGCUGCGUGCUCUGCCCCUUUGAACAGUGUUGUCCAGGGGCUUGGGGUUUCCAAAUCAGCCCCAGGAGCCAUGACUACCCUCACAGUGGUGGUCUAGGCAGUGCUUCCUUCACCUCUGUGAGGUGGGAGUACCUGGGCAGCUGGCAGUCUUCUUCCCCGCUACAAUUACUCCUUCCAGCACAUCCCCACCCCAAUAACAGGGUUUAGGUUGAAACAGUGCACUGCAAUAAAUCUUGUAGGUAAAGCACAUCAGGUAUUGCUUAAGCCCUCCCUCUGGAGGAAAGGAUUCCCGACCCUGUUAACAGCAUGGGCUUUGAAUGGGUGGUGGAGCUGGUCUCAAAAGCCUUUAAAAUAUCCUGUGUUCCCCCUCUGCAUCACCAUUUCCUCACUUGCCCUUUCCCCUCACAUUGUGAAAGAUUAGAUGUGAAAACACAGAUGGGUCUAUUUUGAAACUAUGCAUUGUUUUUAUAACCCAUUUUUCUAGGAAAUGAAUCCCUUACCAAAACAACAAUGUGUUUGGUUGAAAACCUUUCCCUUCAAUUUUCCUUUAUUUCAACUUCUGUGUCAGCCUGUAGAAAGUCAAUCUGGAAGGAAGACAUAAUGACUCUGCAGACCAUACAAUGUAUUUAUACGCAUAUGCAGCAUACUUUUGGUGUAUUUUUGCAUCCAAUUUUAUUUUUUUCUCAGAGAUAUUCAUUUUCAAUGUUUAUAUUUAAACAGUAUUCAAAUACGCUAGGAAACUGACUCAUUUAUUCUGUCUCUGGCUGUUGUUUGCUGUGCUGCCACAUAUAGUCCCACCUACUCCUCCAAAGACCAACGCAUCUACUGCUCCCAGCCCUCUCCAGUGGACAUCACCACUGCUGCCAGGCAGGGAGAGUGCUUAUUGGUCCCAUAGCCCUGCUCUCCAUGCUCCCUGGAGCCAGGACUGCUAUAUGAUGUGACAAUUACGAGCACAGUUUGGUGGGUGUGGUGGUGAUGGUCAGCAGUUGGACUAGAUGAUCAUAGUGGUCUUUUCCAGCCUUACCGAUUCUGCAUGCUGAGUUUGUGGUAUCUAAUCCAACAGCGUCCACUUUGAUGUGCUACCAUCUCCAUGUCAAAUAAUAAAAAGAUUGGUAUUUGAGA